AUGACGACCUAUGGAACUAUACCUACAGAACCAUUGCCAUCCGCGAACGUAGCUAUCGUUUCACAAGCAAAAGAACAGAUUGAGUUAUGCCUUGGCAUACAAAGACCAUGGCUGGAGAUGAUUCAGCUCCAAAAUCUCAGACCUCCCUCCUCCUUAAACCAAUCUAUCGAAAGAAUCAGGACAAACGUUGCCUUCUUCCGCAUGAACUACACCAUUAUCAUAUUGGCCAUUCUCUUCAUAAGCCUUUUAUGGCACCCCAUCUCAUUGCUACUCAUGAUCGUCCUGAUGGCUGCAUGGUUGUCUCUAUAUUAUUUACAUGACAAACCCUUGAUGGUUUUAGACCAUGACAUCGAUCAUCGAUUCCUGAUGACAGCUUUGUUCUUGGUCACGGCCCUCGUGCUGUUCCUUACCAAUGUGAAAUAUAACAUUAUAAGGGCACUUUCUUUUGGCCUUGCUUUUGUUUUGGUUCAUGGAGCUUUAAGGGAGCCUGAGGACGUCUUCGUUGUCGAUGAUGAAGAAGGAUCAGGCGGGGGCUCUGUUCAGAAACUCCCUCUGAAAAAUGCUGCCUCUUCUUCUUAUUCUCUGUCUCAAUAG